AUGGUCCUAGAUCCAGGGCUUCGCGACAUCCUGGUCGCGAUCUUGUCGCUCUCCUUCGUAGUCUUCGUCGCUUUGUUUGGCCAUGUUCCUGCUCUCCGCAAAACGCCCAUAGGCUGGGGCCACCACUUCAUAUGGAAAACAUUGCCAAGAUGGUUCACAACUGUGGAUAUGAAACUCACUGGUGGCAUGAUGGUUCGCACUGUCAAGGGCUUGUUUAACUAUAUUAUGUACGAUAAGCACCCAUUGAUACAGUUAUUCUACCUUGGACUUGUCUCCGGUGGGCUCUAUCUCUUCUGGUUGGGCGCAUGGGAUCGUAUAUGGUCUCCAUUUCACAAGAUCAUGGUCCCUGUCGUGGCUUCAUUGCCCUACAUCACACUCUAUCUCGCCUCAUACACUGAUCCGGGCUAUAUCCUUCCUGAAAACCACCGAGGGGCUAUGAAAUUAUACCCAUUUGACUACAUUAACUUCAAACCAGGUUACCAUUGUUCCACUUGUCGCUUUGAGAAACCUGCCAGGUCUAAGCACUGCCCUAUCUGUAAGCACUGUAUCGCAAAGCAAGACCAUCAUUGUGUGUGGAUUAACAACUGCGUCGGCCAUAAGAACGUCAAAUACUUCUUUGCGUUCUUGAUGUCUACGAAUAUCAUCCUAUUUUAUGGGUUUUAUCUUACAUCUAUUAUGAUCCACCAGUUGGUAGUAGAAAGUCUGCCUAUUGGAACGGAUGUAUCAAAAAUCGGAUGGGGUUUAUACUUUAACCAGUUUAUGCUCUGUCUGGUCCUUGACGUCUGUCUUGGUAUCGUGUGUUUGCUCUGCUUGAUGACUGGCUUAAUGUCUAUCGGUUUCACAGGAUAUCAUUUCUAUCUGCUUUGGGCGGGUACUACAACCAAUGAAACUUUCAAGUGGAGCGACUGGAAAGAAGACAUAGCCGCCGAUGAGGUUUGGAUGGCGCGGGACCCUGCUCGAAACCCUUUCACCGGUCGGUGGCCGUCGUCGGGUCCUCUCAAUGCAUACAACUGGCCCGUUCAAACGGACAAGCUUGUAUACCGAAUCGUCAAUCCCGAGGAGAUGGAAUAUUUGGAUAAACAUUUAGUAUGGAAUAAGGUUGAGAGCAUACACGAGAUGGAGAAUAUCUAUGAUAUCGGGUUUUGGAAGACCCUAGAGAGUGUAGUUUGGGAUUUGAAGUUUUAG